GUGUGUGUGUGUGUGUGUGAGUGUGUGGGCGAAAAACCGGGAACGAAUAUUAUGAGCUUCUCGUUCAGAACUCGUGAUUGAAUUUAACGAGUUGUUUUGGCAAUCAGCCCCGCGAAUAACCACGAUGCAUAUCGCAAUGAACGAGAUCCAUGCAACACGACAAUAAAUCAGCACGACGUUAUACGGUAGCCGAUACAGCGAAUUCAAUGGGGUUUGCAUUCGUACUUGGAACGGAAAUUUAUGCAGUCAGCUUUUCUCUGACGGCGUAUCUAAUGCGUUUGUCCUCGACUGUAGAGACCGAUCCAUCGGGAGGUGACGUGAAUUAGACCUCUCACGUCCAGAAUGGGAGAAAGAGGAUUUAUUUCGCACAUUCAACUUUUAAUUAAUCAUACAAUUGAUCAUCUUGCAAGUUGAACAUCCAUGACAUCCAGCUAGGAAAUGUAUUACAGUUAGGAACACACCUGAAGAUAUUCAAGCACAGUAUAGAAAUAUUGUAUUUCUAUAUAGAAGAUAAAUUCAAUUUCGACAAAUAUAUAUACAUAUGUUUUUUAUCGCGCAUAAUAGAAGCUGUUUAUAAUCGCGCUUUGAAGAGCAGAAUGCCCGCGCCAAAGAAAUUCUAUGUUAAGGUCAUACAAGCAUAGUCGCUUGUGAAAGAGAGGGUGAACUUUAAAAGUGUAGUUCAACAUUGUGGAAAUAUCACUUCAGCGACACUUCAGCGCUACGUUUUAUCUACAUUCAGAUUUACAUUCGUGUGUUCGCGAUUUAUUUUACAGGUUGUUUGACUAAAUCCCAUCGUGACGCAACAAUGUAGUAUCACUGUAAUGGACAUUUUACACUCUGUUACGUUAAUACGAUCGAUAAUUCGCCUAAUAAUUAAUCCACCCUAAUUUCGUCAGUCAAUGAAUCCACGAUGCUGAUAAAACAUCGCGCGUAACUGGAAACGGAUCGCAAUUGAAUCGUUUUCACGUGUACAUUUAAUUGUGUUAACUGCGCACGAGCGACGAUUUGCAGUGAGAUAUUAUGACACAAUAAGAUUGAAUAAACAUGAAUCUCGCUGUGAUGAUUAUCAUCUGGCUUGUAUCGGUGACGCCACGUUUAUGUGACGCACUCGACGAGGAUGGGAUCGAUUAUUAUUCGUUCGCGGACAAUGAUGGCAACUUCGAGUACACCAACGUUACGAAUUGCACCAACGAUUACUGCAUCCCGGACGAGGAUUACAUCGAGUUGAUGGUGCAGCACAUAUUUCCGAAAUUUACUGACUGGGUGCUCAUUGCAAUGCACAGCGUCGUCUUCAUAAUCGGCCUAAUUGGCAACGCACUUGUCUGCAUGGCCGUCUAUCGCAAUCACUCGAUGCGUACCGUGACUAAUUAUUUCAUCGUCAAUCUGGCGGUGGCUGAUCUUCUCGUUCUGCUGAUCUGCCUGCCGCCGUCGGUUCUCUGGGACGUCACGGAGACUUGGUUCCUCGGAUUAAAACUCUGCAAAGCCGUGCCGUAUCUUCAGACAGUAUCGGUGAGCAUCAGCAUUUUGACGUUGACUUUCAUAUCGAUCGACCGGUGGUACGCUAUAUGUUUCCCAUUGAGAUUCAAAUCCACGACAGCCCGAGCAAAAACCGCUAUCAUUGUGAUCUGGUUGAUAUCAUUGCUUUUUGAUAUUCCAGAACUAUUGGUGUUGCACACGGUGCCGUCGAACAGUCGAGUGCAGACUAUAUUAUUCACGCAAUGUGUCUGUGCGUGGAGUCAAGAAAGUCAAACUACUUUCACGAUUGUCAAGCUGAUCUUUUUGUAUACGAUGCCAUUGCUUUUCAUGAGCGUCGCGUACUGGCAGAUUGUACGCGUUCUUUGGAAAAGCGAUAUUCCAGGACAUAAUUUGUCUACCAGAAUCUGUCGUUCAACUGAGAUUCCAUUGUCGGGAGGUGGAAACCCGGAGGGUCAACUAAGAUCUCGACGGAAAGCGGCGAAGAUGUUAGUCGCCGUAGUCAUCACAUUCGCGAUAUGUUUCUUUCCUGUACACUUGCUCUCUAUUUUAAGAUGUACUAUGGCAUUACCGUCGAAUCAAUGGACGAUCGCCAUUAGCCUAAUUGCCCAUUGGCUUUGUUACUUCAACAGCGCAGUGAAUCCUGUCAUCUAUAAUUUUAUGAGUGGAAAGUUUCGCAAGGAGUUCAGACGUACUUUCCGAUGUUCCCACAACGGUGGGACCUGCGUCCAUAAAAGCGGAUACGUCACGGGUAUCUCGGAUCCGCUCAAACAGAGAUUUCGGAAUUACACGAGGUCGAAUCAUACCAUGUCCAACAAUAAUAAUGUUCGGCAAAGCACCGAGGUCAUACCUCUCAGUGCCAUAAUCAACAUAGCGCAAAACAACGAGAAACAGGAGUGAGUCUCGUUCCUCGUAUCCUAAAUCUGCGCCAAAUAUUCUUCUACGCAAUUUCUUCAACCAAUGGAAUCCAGUUUCUCUUAACGUACCAAGACAUCUUCAGAUUUUCAAUAAUUAACGAUUGAAAGAAACUGAUUCUUAAAAGAUUAAGACGAAACGGUAGGUAAAAAGUAAGUAAAAAUUGAGAAAAAUUGCGACAAAUGAUCAUUUUCAGAAGAAAAAGUUCAUAUUUAUUAUCGAAGAAAAUUGUAAUUAAAAGAAUAUUUGGCGAAUUGCGCUUUGUGUACAGUGAAUAAGGUAUAAUCUCUCUAAAGUCAAUAGCUCAGUACAUCCAUAAAUGUAAUCAAGUAGUUCCUAUAUAAACUGUUAUAUAAGUAAACCUCGUUCGCAAUGAACUUUCUCGAAGUUCUGCUGAAUCGAGAUGAACUGAGUUGUAUAGUAUUCAAUUAAUGUAAUAGGCAAUUAUAUAAUGUACAUGAGUCCGCACGAUAUUAUUAAAAUUUGCUGCUUUAAACAUUUUACUUUAUUAUACUGUAGAUAUAGAUGUAGAUAACAAUGUACAUCACAGAUUGAUAACUGAGUGAAGACCUAAAGAGACGCAUGAUAAAAUUCCAAAAAAGUAAACGUAAGAGUGUAAAUAUAAAGCGUUAUAUACCUAUUCCGGCACUUAAAGCAGUUAUACCUCAUUUUUUUCGUGUCACUUGCAAUAUUUAUCUUUUUUCUUAUAAUACAUUCGACAUUUCAAUCAAAAUAUAUCUACAAAGUUUAAUAAAGUGUAUGUAAUCCUAACGUUUAAAGCUUAAAGUUAUAUUAUAUAAAGUUAUUACUAGUGAUAUUAUAUAUAAGUUUUUUUAUAAACUGUACAAUAUGCUACAGCGAAUGUGUUUAUGCUCGCUUCGUUUCCACUUACAUUUACAUUUUUAUUGCGUAGAAGUGCCGUUUAUCAUGUAUAAAUUUCCUGCCGAAAGUUUCUAUUUUUUUCUCAAAGAAUUUUGUUUAAGGCUUUGUAUAACUUUGUGUAGUUAUACUCUUAAAUGUA